AUGGGGCUCUUUGUCAAUGACGAAUGGUGCCGCCUUCUGCAAUCAAGCAAUAAUGAUGAAGAGGUCGUUUCAGAGUCCGCAACUCUUCAGAUAUACCUUAUCGGCACUGCUCCAAGGAAGGGAUUGGAGGACACCUUCAAAUGGUUCAAGAGCACUACUGGGUCAUAUUCGGUAAGUUCCGGCUACGAAUUAUUUUCUGCAUCUUCCUCUAACAUCUCUUAUGAGGCUGAAUCACUAGCAACCUUUAAAAUAAUUUGGAAAUCCUUUGUCCCCUCAAAAAUUCAAGUCUUGGGUUGGAGAUGUGUUAUAGAUAGGUUGGCCACAAGGGAGCAAUUGGCCAAGCGCGGGAUUUUGACCGAUAGCAGAGACAAAGUUUGCGUCUUCUACUUCAUGGAAAACGAAACAUUGGCACACCUGCUUCUUUCUUGUCCUCUGUCUAGAAUUGUUUGGAGCAUAAUCUUUUCUUGGCUAGGGGUUGUUCCGGUGCUAGAUGUCGGCGUCAUGGACCAUAUGUUGGCCUUUUGUCGCUCUCUUAAUGGUAAAAUUCCUCCAAGAAAGAUAAUGAUUUUCUGGUUCCAAUUUUACCGCUAA